AAUAGUGUUGUGCCAAAUCUGGCGUAACAAUUGCAUGUUGAACAGAUUAGGAAGUUACUGGCACUCGUAGAAGUUGAGUUUGUUCAUCGCACAGUUGUCAAAAUAAUCGUUGCAUGUAACGCUUGCCUGACCACCUACCCCGAGCACAGACAAAAGUGCCCGGUGUAUAAAUUCAUCUGUAUAGAAGUUCUUGAUCACUUGAGUCUGAGAGUGGAUUGAAUGCAUGUUAUGUGAUGAGAAUUUUGCCAGAUUUGAAAGAGUUCUAGGGCUGUGAGUGUUCAUUUGGUAAUUUUACCUGCACUUUCCCAUUUGCUGUUAUCUCAAGUGCUGCAUUGGCUCUCUCAUGAGGUUUGUUCUCUUUUCUUUGCUCCAAUCUACCUUUCCUUCUAUACAGAUUCUGUACAUAGCUGCAUUUUUACCCGGUUGUUCGUAACAUCUUUGUUUCGAGCUUCUAAGGUUCGGUUGGCGGGGUUUUCCGGUCCCGUGUUAUUUUUCUUACUUUAAUUUCAGUAAUUUUUCAUUUUCCUGUAUCCUUUAACCAUUAUUGCUUCAAAUUUGGAAGAUACAAAAAUGUACUUGUGCUGCAAAAGGAGGAAUAGGGGAGGAAAAGGAAGACUUCCAUUUGGCCUGUGUAGCUUUCAUCCUUACUCUCCUCUCCUUUUGCAUGUGCAUGUUAACAAUGGAUCCUCAAUGUAGGAGUUUGAAAACGAGCUUACAAUUGAGGAAGUGCUUCUUCAUGAAGCACUUCUAAGAAAAAGCGUUUUUGCUAGAUGCUCGUCCAAAUUUGAAUUAAAGUCUUAAAUGUUAUUUUAAAAGUGCUUUUAUUAUUCGGAAACACUUGACUUUUUCUAUCAAAAGUUGUCUGGGUUUUUUUUUUUAAUUUUUUUGUGUAAUUUCAAGGCGUUUUUAGCUUUUCUGAAAACACUUCCAAGCGGAUACCUCUAGAAAUCAAGAGUUGCGGUUGUUUCAAUAAAUUAUCAUGGUAAAAAUUUCAAGUUCUACUAUUCAUCACAAGGAAAUUUGCUUCAAGCCGUUAUUGUUUUGGCAAAAAAAAUAAAGACAGAAAUAGUUUCACCUUGCAAACCUUCUCUCUUUGUUUAGGGAGCAAUUUUCCAAAACUUACUAUUAUGUCUAAACGUUUUUGUUGGAAGUACGUUGAAAUUUAAUUAAAAUCUAGAAAGUACUUUUGCAAUCUAAAUGUAUGUCAAACACUGACGAAAUGCUUUUUGUCAAUAAAACAUCGCAGUAAAAAUUUCUAGUUCUACUUUUCAUCAAGUUUGUUUCAAGACGUUGUUUGAAAAAAGCAAAAUAUUUUCACCUUGCCAACCUUCUCUUUGUGGUAAAACUAGCAACGAAAGUGACAUCAUCGGUGAUGAGCUGUAAAAUAUUUUGGUAAAAUAUCUUGGUGCUGAUGCUGAUGUGGGAGAGUCCGUUACAAAUGAAUUGGUAUUUUGCACUUAGGUACGGUUUUAUAGUUAAAAUGGUUUUUGAAAUUGAUAUAAUUCUUUAUUUUGGUCCCUAAAAUUCAAUAAAAGUGAUUCCUGAGUUUGUACAUCAUAAAUUAUUUUGGUCAUUCCUAAAAAAUUUAUCAAUAUCUUUGUCAAAUUAUCACAUGAACGAUCAUGUGACCACCUUUUUAUGGAUAUUUUUGUCAAAUCAACUCCUCUACUUAACGAGGAUAUUAGAAUAUGUUUCACAAAAGAAACAAAAUGAUUUACGAUGGACAAAUUUAGAGAUCGCUUCUAUUGAUUUUUAAUGUUAUUAAUCAAAAUGAGAAGUUAUGUCGAUCUCAGAGAACUAAAAAGUCCCAAAAUAUUCAUUUGUUGUUUUCCUCCCUCCAUUCCACACAACAAGGUCACAACAACGGUAAAAAAGAAGGAAAAUUAAUGAAAAGGGCUUGAAAACUUUUAGUUUUAACGAUAAGGACAAAAUAAAGGGUAAAGUGAAUAGUAACAUGAUUGACUUUUUAGUGUAAAAAUGUGGUUUUUCGUUAAAGUGAAUAGUACCGCGGGCUUUUCGUUAAAACUUCCUAAAAAAAAUUCCUUUUCUAUUGCGUCCUAAUUUACUUUUGCUUCAAACUUUACUUCAGGUAAGUUUUCAUGUUCUUUCUUUGUUCCUUUUUUAUAGAUUAAUUUUAAAGAGAGUAACAUAGAAAGUAAAAUUUCUUAUAAAAGCUGAUAUGGGAAUAGUAACAGAAAAUUAGAAGCGAAUUACACACACAAACUAAUUACAAACCUUUAAUCAAAAAUGAAACUAGAGAACACUGAAUCGUGGAUUAUGUCCGACAUUAUUAUAAGUUUAGUGAGCCUCUGGUUCUAUUUUUGAUUAAAAGUUUGUAACAGACCCUUUUUUGUGCGCAUUUUCUAUAUUACAAACGUGGGUUGAAAUUAAAAUGUAUAUGGUGCAAUCCAGAGAUGGAAAUAUGGGAGGGAAGUGAACUAGUUGAAGGGAGAAGGAAGAGUGCCCGAAUAUUGGCAUUGAAGGAGGUUAAGAAGAACAAGGAAAUCUCCAAAUCCAAAGACAAUGUCCGUAGAGAGAAUGGUCAGACACCCGUUGCAGCAAAAACAGCAGCUUCUGGUGCCAAGAGGGGCCGAAAGCGCAAAAAACUUGACGAUGUAGUUCUAUCCUCUCAACAGCUGCAGGGUCCUUACCAUAAGUUGCAGCUCGGUAAUCCUUCCCUUCUCAUUUGCCGUUGCAUGCGGGAUUUUGAAGAUCGAAUACAUGAUGUCGAUGCAAUCAAGAUCAAACAACUGUUAUCUACGCCAUUGUCGGUGAAACAAGUCUGCGAGUACAUCCUUAAUACAUUACAGAGGAGGGACACACAUGAUGCAUUUGCUCAGCCUGUUGACCCUAACAAGGUAAUAACCUAUUACGCAAUCAUAAAAAAUCCAAUGGAUUUUGGCACCGUGAGAGAUAAACUUCAUGCAGAAAUGUAUGCAACCCUGCAACAAUUCAAGCGUGAUGUGCUGCUGAUACCCAAAAAUGCAAUUCACUUUAACGCAGAAGCCACCAUAUAUUACCAAGAGGCUCAAGGUAUAAAAGAUCUAGCCGACGAACUUUUCAGAACUCUGAGAUGUGAUCGAAUACGUUUUCUGUUAAAAUAUUACUUCCAUGAAAUACUCUGCCCUCAUGGGCAUGGUGGAGAUAUACACUCAAAGUUUCUUGAACCAACUGGGAAGCCAAAGUUUCUUGAACCAACUGGCAAACCAUGGCGCUUGUGUGGCUCAUCCCUCAGAAGUGAAAAACAAGCAGAUCCAAAUCCUGGAUUGAGAGAUGGUAGGGACUCAAAUUUAGCCAGAGCGCAGAGGCGUUACACUUAUUGUACGCCUUCCAAAGAGAAUGAAUCUUUAAUCUCAGCUGUCUACAAUGCACCCAAUAAAUCACUUGUUCAUAUUGAUGCUGGAUUAGGAUACAAAGAAAGUCUCAUGCGGUUUAUUAAAAAUUUGGGGCCAACAGCUCAAAUGGUUGCUAAGAAGAAAUUAGAAAGUCUAGUUGCAGCUCAGAAUUGUCAGCCUCAGGCAACCCCUCCAUUUCAGAACCAAAAUUAUCCUGCUUUCGCCCUAUCUGCAUCACCGGCACUUGGCCAUCCUAUUGGUGUUAAUAGUUCUCAAAUGACUCAAAUGCAACAUAAUUCCCUGUAUAACUUGCCAAAGGAAGUGAAUGUCCCUUAUUUUCUUGGUGAUGCUUCUGCACAAGGAUAUGCCCCGGUUAGAGCCAGCCUAUGCAUCAAUGAGGGUGCUUACAAGGGAAACAUGAAUGCACCCGACACAUCCAGAAUAGACAUGAAGGGUAAUCUCAUUGACCCGAAAGGGAAGGCACAUGAGGAAGGACAUACUUACAAAAAAGCUUUCCCGGAACGGAUAGGUAUUGAUAUAAACAAAAUCAUGGACUCCCCUAGCCUUACCAAUGGUAUAAGACUUCACAAGAGCAAAAUGGAAGGCAGGCCUCAUCAAAAUCAGAACAGCAACGUUCAGUUGGAGUCGCACAUUCGCGUUGUUAGAGAUUUGGGUGGUCCUGAGGGAAACAGCACAAAGUUUAGGACUGUGGAUAUGCUAGCAGAACGUAACAAUGUAGGAAACCUGCAGCAGCUUCCGCAAGCUCGGAUGUCUAGGACUGCAUUGAAUCAGUCGAGGCUGCAAGAGAUCAUGUCAAAUACCAACACCUACCUCAGGACAUCAUCUUACUUGCCUUCACCCACUCCAGAGCUGUCGAGUUUGAUCCAGACAACAACUUCCUUCAAUGGUUUCGACACGCAACUGAGUAGCAACUAUGCAGCUAACUCUUUUCAUGCAGGUCAGCUUCCUCAAAAGAAUAACUAUAUAGCUAACCCUACACAGGCAGGUCAGCUCAUGCCUCAAUGUAACAGUCCCAAUGCGGCGCAAGGUGUGCAAGAAAUGAGUAGCUUUCCCAGCAUGAAACUGAAGCUUGGUGAGGAUCAUAGUGCAUUGGCAAAGAGUGACAUGUUUAUGAGGAGAGAACAAUGUGUGGAGUCACUGGCGGUUCAGGGAAUAGUGAAGCCUCCUCCCUUGUACAAUGCAUUUGGUAGCCAUGAAAGAGCUUCAACUCAAUGGUACCAAAAGGAGCCUACUCCUGAACCUCUUCUGCCCUGGCUGGUGGACUCUCAGCAGCCUAACUUGUCUCUUCAGCUGUGAGUUGAGCUAUUUGAGGGACUCCUUUGAACUAUCAUCCUAUGAAUGUGGAUCAAAACUUGUUUUGUAUUUCUCCUUUGAAUGUCCUUUGCCUUGUCGUAAGUUAGAGAUAAUUUUAUGUUUUAUGUUCUAGUGCAUGAUGUCUUUCUUAGCGUUGUUCAUCUAUGUCGUCUUUGAACUGCUUUCGCAGCACCCCAGACUUAUGUUUUAUAUUCUAGUAAUGUCUUCAUUUGUGUUCAUCUAUGUCCAUCCCUUAGGGCUUCAAUUUUUUAUUUAUUUAACUGCAAUACUCUAUUUAAUUUAAUUUAAACUACGAGAAGGGGAAUUCAAAUUUGCAAGCAUAGAUGAGUACACUACUCUAGCCAACUUGACUAAACAAAAUUUGCUAAGACUUCAAUUUAAGUCCUCUUUUAACCGGCUGUGCUUCAAAUUGAAUUUUUUCUUCACCCGCAGCUAUAGUUCAAGAGUCUAAAAAGUGAACGUUAAAAUGAUGAAUUCUCGCAAUGUGGCAUCAAAAGACGCAUAAGUUCUCAAAGAGGGCAAGUGAAAAGACAAAAAGCACUUAUUCCUAGUGAAAGCCACUUCGCCUGUACAUGGGCUGGCUCCUUCCUUCAACCUGAUAGUUUAAGCUUUAUAGUAUUUAUAUUUUAACUAGGCUCGUGUUUACCAUUCUAAGCAGAUACUUAACCCUCCAAUAACAAAUAACAAGUAAAAGUUAAUCAUUAAACAACACUAGCAUGUUUUGCUAUGCCUGUGAAACUUCACUUCGAUUAGGAAGCUCGUUGCUGGGUUUAUUGCUUAUUGUUGGCAUUAUUUUGGACGGAGAUUAAUGACAGCUCCCUUGAGGGGGUGGGAGGUUGCAGAUCUGUGAAUUUUUAUUGAGCGAAUGGGUGGGUAGUUUAGAUUAGGAAGCUUUGGGCAUGGAGGUGCUGCUGUGAUGGACUGAUGGAGGGGAUCGAGGAAGAGCUUGUCAUUUUUUUAAUUAUAUUUUUAGCUUUCAAAAUAUUAUAAUAGUUUUUAAUAUUAUUUUGUACACCUGGCAAAUAAGUGGGCCCAAUCAUACCACAUUAGUGAACCUAACAGAUUUUUUAAGAGAACUAACAAAAAUGAUAAAACGAAACAAAAAUUGAGUUUCAACAAGUACAGUGAUCAAAAUUAAGUUUCAGAAGUUAAAAAUUGAAGUGAAGUGCCAAAAGAGCAUAACAAAAAAUAAGCCUACAAUUAAUGCUUUAACUUAUCAACAAAAAAUAAGCCUAAAAUUCAUGCUUUAACUUACCGACACGUCAACAUAUGAUACGAUGUUGGCAGGCUGCCACCUCUUACUUUUUAGUCUUUAGUUAUCAGGGAGGGGGGACCAUUACUGUACGUAUCGUUUUCACUGACUAGGGUUUACAAGAGAAGGCCACCUUUAGCUUACUUCACAUGUCAAUGAACUAUUAUGUAAAGGCUGAAAGCAAAAGAGUUGAGACCACUUACUAUUUUAUGACCCCUAGGGUUGGAGGAGAUGUUUUUGGUUCUGGAUCUAUCCUUUGCGGAGAGCCUUGAUAAGUAGGUGUGAUAACUUUUCCCUCCCAUGUGUGAUAUCUGGAAAGCUCAUAAUGCAUGCAGGUUUAUAAUUGCAUUAUUCACUUGGAUAUAUCAUUGACU